AGAAGAAGGUUUUUAUUCAAUUUUAUGAAUUUUAUUCAUUUUUAAUUUUGUCCUUUGUAAUUCAUUCGUUUGUAUUUGUAUUUGUUUUAUCAGCAUAAAAGUAAAAGUAGUUGCACAUUCUUUUUUUUUAAACUAUUUAAAAUGGGAGAUUCAGAUCAAUCCAAAAAGCUGAUUCGCCUGCUGAGGAGAUCUCUACAAUCAGAAACAGUGCAAACUCCUCCCAAAAAGCUGAUUCGCCUGAGAGAAAGACCUAUACAAUCAGAAAAAAUUCAAGAUCUCCAGAUAGACCUAGAUAUUGAGGAAACUACAACUCUGCAGUCUUUGGAUGAUGUCAUUAAGACAAAUGCCGUUAAGAAGAAUCUGGAACCAAUAAAAGAACAUUCAGAAAGGAUAAAAAGAGCACAGGAACGUUAUUACAAAAAAAGUGGCACUUCAGGUGUUAGUCCCCUGAUACGCCUUCAAAAGCGACCUGUUAAACAAAGAAUAGGUAAAUUGCCAUCCUCUGGUAUUGAUACUUCCACACCUAACAAAAACGUUACCCUCCGUAAUACUAUUCUGAGAAGACGUGUACCAAGGAAUUUAGCACAGCUGCGUUUAAAUAGAAUCAGAGAACAACAGAGACUACAGCUACAGGCUACAGGUUCAACAGGGAAUCGUCCAGUAAUUCGAUUAAAACGAAAAGUACCUAACUUUAAAAUACAAGUAAAAAAUAAUCGUGCUGUGAAUUCAAAUAUUAAAAGGUUUAAGUUACAGCUCAAUGAGGAAAUUCAACAAGGGAUACAAGCUCUAAAAGAAUAUUAUUCUGGGGAGAAAAUAAUAGCUAGUCAUGUUAUUCCUGAAAUGACAGGUAUUCUGAUUGAUUCUAGGUUCUCCAAUUUACGUUAAAUGUAAUUUGUUUCAUUUUAACUUGCAGUCGGGUUUUUCAACAGUAUUAUAAUGAUUUUGAUUAUAGAAAGGGGAUAGAGUCAACAUUUCAUUUCGUACUACUUUUAAGGUUGUUAUACUAGGUCUUUUUCGAAAAGGAUUUAAUAUAACAAUGGUUUUAAUAGAAAUUUUAUAUAUACCGAUGGCCCAAAAAAAUGCAACACCUCGAAAUGCAAUUUUUAAAAAAUAUUUAUUUAUCGAUGAAUACAUUAUAAUAUGUAUUCUUAAUAUUUGAUGACAUUAUAAACAAAUUUGCAACGCCAUUUUCGUUAAAAAAAUAAUAAUGAGUGGCUCUUUCUUGAUUUUUAUACACUCAGUUACUCUAUGGGACAUUGAUCGAAUUAAGUGAUCCAAACCAUAUUGCGGAGUACUCAUCCAGAUUCGUCUUAUGGCAUGCCACAGGUCCUCUGAGUCUGCUGGGGACGUAGCAAUCAAUUUAGUUUUCGACCUACCAUAUCCCACACAUGUUCGAAGGGUGACAAAUCGGCUGAUCUUAAUUGCUCUUUAAAGUCUCUAGACCAGAUUCUUGUAUGAACUCCAUAGUUUCACGGGCAAUAUGAGGUCUUGCGAAAUCCUCUCGUGAAAGAUCGCCUUUGAAAUGUUGGAAUGGUUUGUAGGUAGGGAUAUAAAACCGAUUGUAGUACUUUUCCAAUAUAUCGCCAUACCUAGUGUGACCAACUGCUAUUUAGUCAAAUUCGGGACACGGCUGAAAAAAAUACCUGAAAUCCGGGACUUUUCAAUGAAAAUCGGGCCAUUUUUUUUUAAUAUAGAACUUUCAUAAUAUUAUCAUUUUAUUUAUUAAACAUUUUUAUGUUGACAAUGAUAUUUUUAAUGGGGUUAAGCCACAAUAAUUGGUUGUAAUGAUAAUAACGAUAAUUACAAUACAGAAACGAAAAAAAAGUUCACAGUUUGAGUUUUUGUAGAACUAUAAUACCAAAUACCACGAUAUGCAGCGUUUUGGAUGUGGUAUUAAUAUUCUUCUUCUUCUUCAGCCUUCAGAAAUCCAACUUUGGACAUAGGCCUCCCCCAAUUCAAUCCAGUGUUGUCUAUUUUGCGCGACGUGUUUCCAGUUGUGUCCUCCAAAGUUCUUUAUGUCAUCAGCCCAUCUCAUUUGUGGCCUUCCUUUGCUUCUUCUUCCUAACCACGGUCUCCAUUGUUGUAUUUAAUGAGUCCAUCUUUUAUCCUUCAGUCGGGCAUUGUGUCCUGCGAAGCUCUAUUUUAAUUUGGCAGCAUGUUCUCCUGCGUCUUUUACUUUGGUUUUGUUUCUAAUCCAUUUAUUUGUUUUUUUUAUCUGUAAGCCUCAUCCCGAGCAUUGAUCUUAAUAUUACACUCUCGAAAUUGUCGACUUUUUUCGUCCUACCAAUUCAGUUUGAUAUGAAUUCUUAGAAGAAUAUUCAAAAUUUCAAAAUAGAAUUUUACCAAAACAUUGAAAAUUCGGAUGGCCCGGGAGCCUGGUCCGGGACGCCGGGACACGACUUCGUAAUUCGGGCCAUGUCCCGGAUUUUUCGGGCUAGUUGGUCACACUAGCCAUACCUAAUGCUUGAUUGUCUUGCUGCACGACUAGUCUAAGAUACGAUAUAAGGUCGAUCGGCACCGAUAUGUUUAUUGGAUAAAAAUUAUUGGAUCUGUGAUUUAGUAUGUCAAUAGCCCGGGAGGUAGUGUCAAAUUUGACCGGAUCAUUUUAGCAUGGCUGUUUUUUAUUUAGUUAGGUGUUCCAAAGCUUAUUAACAAAUGAUGUGUCAGCUGACCCAAAACCGAGGCGUUUUAGCAAGAAAAGAUAAAAUGUGAAAGUAGAUGGAAAAACCCUGCAACUUACAUGUCAAAUCUUUAUUUCAGUGACUUACAUCCAUAAUGACCUAUUGGUCCUGGCUGCUCCCAAGUAGCAAUUUGUCGACGCAACAACGUUGUCUACCGCGUGGCAACGUUUUGUUACAACGUUGUUAUUGCCUAGAAGACGACCCUAUUCUGCACUAAUUUGGUGGACGAUUUUUGAGUUGUCUUGACGUUGCCUAGGCAACCUCCUAUGAAGCAACAUCGUUUCGUAAGCGUUGCAUAAGACAACUGAAGCGACGCGUGCAAUGGUUGCUCAAGGAGUCAGACUAGUUAUGUUUUUUUACCUAUAUUUUUAACACCUGUAUGGUGAAUGCGAAAACCAAAAUGGUAACUAUUUUGACAUCGUAUUAGGUAUUUAAAUUUAUAUAAAUACAUAAAGGACUUAAACAAAAUUACCUGAUCUGAAAAUUUAUAAACGCAUCUCAGAUUACCGUCAAAUAUGGAUAUUUCACCUUUAAAAAACACACGCGCUACUUUUUUACGACAUUUUUGACAAAAAAUAUGCAAAUUAAAUAAAAUCAAAUUUUAAUAUAAAAGUUAAAAUUUAUGUUAAAGAUGUUCUGUAUAAAUUUAAUGUAUUGAUGGUGCUUUUAAAGGUAUCAGAAAAAGGUAUCAUUUUUUAUAUUCUGUAUUUUCAUUUUCUUUACAUCCCAAAAAUCUCAAGUAAAACCAAAAUGGUGCAUUAAACAAUAUUACCUUAUUACUAAAAAAAAUACCUUAUUACCAACCCUAGACCGAUAAGACAACUUAGAAGUCCAAUCGCCAACCAAGCCCGGCCGCGAUGAUUAUCCCAACCAUUUUAAAACGCACCCUCUUAUUGGGUGACAGAGAGGUCAUGUGACCAGUGUCAAAAGUGUAGCAUUCUCCUUAACAGCGUUGCCACAUUUUGGAGAUUUCUACUUUUUUGGUAGAUUUUUGAUAUUUUUUAAAAUAUUCUAGUAGGUAAUAUUGUUUAGUAGAUUUUUGUUAUAUUUCAACAUUUUGUUAUGACUAAAAUAAAAUUUGCUUUUUAAUAGUA